GGGCAGCGAAGGCUACAUAUAGAGUCUGUCUCAAAAAACUAAAAAGAAAAAACAACUUUGUGUCUGAGGGUGUGGCUCGGUUGGUCUGGUGCCUAACAAACAUGCUUGCAAGAAGCCAUGAACAGAGCCCUGGGUUUGAUGCCGAUUGCUGUAUAAAGCUUGAUGUGGUGGUUCACUUCACUUACCUUACACUGGGGUAGCAGAGGCAGGAGUAUUAGGAGUUCAUAGUCAUAUUUAACUACAUAGCAAGUUCAAGGCUAGUCUGGGUGACAUAAGAAAAAUUUUUCUUGGUACUUUGUGUGAAACAUCAUGACUGCUAUUUAUAGAGAGCAUCCUGUGUACCAGGUACUGGGCCAAGAACUUUUGGUUACCUCAGUAAUUCAUAUAACAUCAUUAAGUUACUUUGUCAUCAUCUCAGCUUUAGGUAUAAGGAGACUGAAAUGAGUUAGAUAUUCAAGACUAGUUGGCCAGUCUUGGUGGCACAUUUCAGUAAUCAAUGAGCUAAAUAAUCAAUAGUGCAAGGAAGAUUGAGAGUUUGAGGCCAAGUACAGCAUGAACGCAAACACCGUUAAUCCUAGGACUCAGGAUGCAGAGGUUGGCAGAUCUCUAAGUUUAUGAAUAGCCUGGUCUACACAGCGAGCUCCAGGCUAGCCAGGGCUACAUGGUGAGAGCCUAUCUCUCUCAGAAAACAACAACAACAACAAAUAGUCAUCAUGUGACUAGACCUAGGACUGGAAGCCAGGCCUGCCCCGCUGGCCUGUGUCUUACCCACACACACCAUGUAAGGCUGACAUGAGUGCCAUUGCCCCUUAGAUACAGAAGCAGCUUUGUUAGCAGAUCUCAUACUGUAGGUCACCCAGUCGAUCAGAAGCAGAGAUGGCAUCCCAACCUCUGCUGGUCCUGAGGCCUCUGAGUCCCCCAUGCCUAGGCCGGGACAGCAAUGGAUGGGUAUUACACAAGUUUUAUUUUUUGCAAUUAAAAAAAUCAUGUAAAAAACAAAACCAUCACAUUUUAUAUUAAGGAAACUCAAAAGUAUUACUGAAGUAAUAUAGAUAAGCCAAAAGAAGAGUGAUAUACUAUGUGUGCUGAUGCAUGCCUAUAAUCCCAGCACUUGGGAGAGACAGGAAUUCAAGUCCAGCUUGGGCUAUAUGAGACCUUGCCUUAUUUAAAAAAGAAAAAAGUUGAAAUAUCCAUACUUUCACCUGUCACCUUUUUAAGACAGGGUCUCCCUGUGUAGCUUAGGUUGGUCGUUGGUCUUAGCCUCUGAGUUUACAGUUCACACAGUUCCUUUCAGAUAUUUUUAAAAUGCAAAUGCAGUGCUAUGUAUUCACUACAUGCAGCUUCUUUCAGGCCUGACUUACUGUGGGGAGACCCUGUGGCCCAUGCGAUGCUGCUCCUGCUAUCUCCUGAGCAAGGCCGAUCGGGAGAGGGAUCUCUGUUAGUUGAGCAGACCCCAGCAGAUAAGGAUGAGGUGCAGGGCUCCGGGCCUCCCCUGAUGUUUGCAGAGGCAAGACAGCAGGUCUGGGGCCUCCAGAAUGCCCCCUGUCAUGUGGCCACUGAAACCUGGAAUCAUCGUUGGAACUGGGGUAGCAGAAGAUCCGAGACCAAGUCUUAGGUUUUUUCUGGUUGGAAAGGAGAGCUGGCCUCCCUGGAAUCCACAGAGACAGACCUGGUGUUUAGCUGGGUGGGAAGACAGCAGAGGAAGGGAGGCAGUAGGCAUGGUUCACUGUCCCCUACCUCCUCUUCCUACCCCUCCUCAGCCCUUAAGGCCAGGUAGGAGUCUCUGUGAGACUCAACCUUCAAGGGCCCAGGGCAGGGCUGUUACAGUGACUCUUUCCCUACAGAGCACUGAACCCAGACCCUUCACUUCCUACCUUACCAGCAGAAGGAUGAUAAAAGGGGGCCUCAGGGCCUGACUGGCAAGAACCUGAGGGUCUGUGAUCCCCCAGUUCUCAAAAGGCAUCUCCCUUCUCAAGGACCCUGAAAGAGUGGGAAUCCUUUCCAUCUUGGAAGGACUCUGAGGUAGGGGCCGUGGGUCCUGUCAAAAGGAACAGUAAACUGUAGGCCGGCCAGAGGCACAACUGCACUCCAUCAAAAACAUCCAUCCUUCAAGGGUCGCAAAGCCUGCGAGGUAGAGAACCAGGAUUCCCAAGUCAUGGUCACUCUUCCCUCUGCACCCCUCUGCUCAAAAGUGGAACCUCUCAGCUUGAGAGGAAGAUGAGGGUCAGGCAGGAAGAGAGUUCAGUGUGAGAACUCAAGGCAGACAGAUGGCCACACCUCUGAGCAGAAUCUCCAGGACUGGCUACCAGACAAGCCUUGCAGUCUCCUCAGGCAGGAAAGCCUAGGAGGAAUCAGGAAUCGGUGAAGGCGACUUCCAGGUCCCAACUCUAUAGCCUUCCUGUGGAGCCCUGAAUGAACUGAACACAUGCACAGCCCACCUUUGGUCCUGUGGUUUACAGUGACUGACAGAAACCCCUCCUCUGUGCCCCCCCAGGCACUGCAUAAUUGAUGGCCAGGGAGACAGGUCCCCCCCCCCAGGGUGACCGAAUGUCUGGGCCUGGGGCUUCUAGUCUGCCACCCCCAAAGCUCCGGCGCCAAGACCCAGCUGGGGGGACCUUGAGACACAGCUGGUGCGGGAAAGAAAGGGGGACAUUUGCCGGGAAAGAGGACUCUCCCUGGGGACCCUCAGCUCUCCCUGUCUUCUCUCAGGUCAGUCUAGAAGAGCUGUCAUUAGCCUGAGGGGUGGUAGAGUACCCAGAGCAUGGCUAAAUGCCCUACCUUUCCCUGGGUCUCAUCUCCUGCUUUCUCAGCUCCUCCCUAAGAGGCGAGCAGGUGGGAUGGCUGGCUUCUCGGCUCUCCCCAGCUGCUGGCCCUGGAUACCACAGGGCCCUCUGGGGCUGCCUGUGUGAUCCCAGGGAGGAAGAACUACAGACUGGUUCUGAGGAUGACUGUACCUGGUUUGCAGGCCGGCUGAUGCCAAAACCAUUUUAAAAACCUGAUGGUGUGUGGUUUGAUACCUAAAACUCAGCUUCUAGAUAGGAAACAAACUAGGAAAGGGAAAAGUGGUCUGUGUUCUCCGUCUCCAUCUCCCCAGGGUUCUCUGUUUUUCAGAACCAUCUUUUCAGGCCAUCCUCCAGGUUUGGCGCUGGUUGUCCAGUCUCUGCACCCAGUCUCCAUCUCCAUUUCUUAACUUCUGUGUGGUACCUGUACCCCAGGCAACCCUGCGAGUCCUCCCUCCCGCUCCCUCUCCCUCCACCAGAUGCCCAGCCCAAGUAUCUGGCAUGCGGGGGUCGGAGGAAGGUGGGCCUCAGGGGACCCGGGUGGGACCCUCUGCGGGGUCCGCACCUGCCUGCGGGCGGGCAGCCGACAGAGCCUCCACUCCUGAGCCUGCCCAGGUCAGAGGCGGACGCCGGUGGAGCCCCGCCCCCGCCUCGCGUUCACGUGACCCUAGGCUAAUCUUGUCCCGGUGACUUCACGGGCCCAGUCGUCAUGGUUACGCCGCAGCGCCCAGCCCUCCCCCCAGCCGGCUCUGCUCCCUUCUCCCCUCCUGGACCCCUCCCACAGCCGCGCCCCCAGCCCCGCACCACGUGACUGUCGGGAAGGAGGUCGGCAGGGGAGGGGGAGCUGUGGCCGUAACCCCUUCCACUCCGCCUGCGGCCCUCGGCCGUGGGCCGUGGUGGCCGGGCGGUCCAGCAGGUGGGCCGAGAGCAUGCGAGAGCCCCAGCCGGGAGGCCGCGGGCCCGCUGCUCAGCACACCUGGCUCCAGAGGCCAUGGCUUGCCUCCAUGAGACCCGAACACCCUCCCCUUCCUUUGGGGGUUUUGUGUCUACUCUAAGUGAGGCUUCCAUGCGAAAGCUGGAUCCAGACACUUCCGACUGCACCCCUGAGAAGGACCUAACACCUACCCAAUGUGUACUUCGAGAUGUUGUGCCUCUGGGUGGGCAGGGCGGGGGAGGACCCAGCCCCUCCCCAGGUGGAGAGCCUCCCCCAGAGCCUUUCGCCAAUAGUGUCCUGCAGCUACAUGAGCCAGACGCCGGUGGGCCAGGGGGAGCCACUGGGUCCCCGGAGAGUCGAGCAUCCAGAGUUCGUGCUGAUGAGGUGCGACUGCAGUGCCAGAGUGGCAGUGGCUUCCUUGAAGGUCUCUUUGGCUGCCUGCGCCCUGUCUGGACAAUGAUUGGCAAAGCCUACUCCACAGAACAUAAGCAACAGCAGGAAGACCUUUGGGAAGUCCCCUUUGAGGAGAUCCUGGACCUGCAGUGGGUAGGCUCAGGAGCUCAGGGUGCUGUUUUCCUGGGACGCUUCCACGGGGAGGAAGUAGCUGUGAAGAAGGUUCGAGACCUCAAGGAAACCGACAUCAAGCAUCUGCGAAAGCUGAAGCACCCCAACAUCAUCACAUUCAAGGGUGUCUGCACACAGGCUCCCUGCUACUGCAUACUGAUGGAGUUCUGCGCCCAAGGCCAGCUCUACGAGGUGCUGAGGGCUGGCCGUCCUGUCACCCCUUCCUUGCUGGUUGACUGGUCCAUGGGCAUUGCUGGUGGCAUGAAUUACCUGCACCUGCACAAGAUCAUCCACAGAGACCUUAAAUCUCCCAACAUGCUAAUCACCUAUGACGAUGUGGUGAAGAUAUCAGAUUUUGGCACUUCCAAGGAGCUGAGUGACAAGAGCACCAAGAUGUCCUUUGCAGGGACAGUGGCCUGGAUGGCCCCUGAGGUGAUACGCAAUGAGCCUGUGUCUGAGAAGGUCGACAUCUGGUCCUUUGGGGUGGUGCUAUGGGAACUACUGACUGGCGAAAUUCCCUACAAAGACGUAGAUUCCUCAGCCAUCAUCUGGGGUGUAGGAAGCAACAGUCUCCACUUGCCUGUGCCCUCCAGCUGCCCAGAUGGCUUUAAAAUUCUGCUUCGCCAGUGCUGGAACAGCAAACCACGAAACCGUCCUUCAUUCCGACAGAUCUUGCUGCACCUGGACAUCGCCUCAGCUGACGUGCUCUCCACACCCCAGGAGACCUACUUUAAGUCUCAGGCAGAGUGGCGGGAAGAAGUAAAACUGCACUUUGAAAAGAUCAAGUCAGAAGGGACAUGUCUGCACCGCCUAGAAGAGGAGCUGGUGAUGCGCAGAAGGGAGGAGCUAAGACACGCCCUGGACAUCAGGGAGCACUAUGAGCGGAAGCUGGAGAGAGCCAACAACCUGUACAUGGAACUGAACGCCCUCAUGCUGCAGCUAGAGCUCAAAGAACGGGAACUGCUCAGGCGAGAGCAGGCUUUAGAAAGGAGGUGCCCAGGUCUCCUGAAGUCACACCCAUCCCGCGGCCUCCUACACGGAAACACCAUGGAGAAGCUCAUCAAGAAAAGGAAUGUGCCACAGAAACUGUCACCCCACAGCAAAAGGCCAGAUAUUCUCAAGACAGAGUCUUUGCUACCUAAACUAGAUGCAGCCCUAAGUGGGGUGGGGCUUCCUGGGUGUCCUAAGGGUCCCCCCUCGCCAGGAAGGAGUCGUCGUGGCAAGACCCGACACCGAAAGGCCAGUGCCAAGGGCAGCUGUGGAGACCUGCCUGGGCUUCGAGCAGCACUGCCCCCCCACGAGCCUGGAGGACUAGGAAGCCCAGGGGGUCUGGGAGUGGGCCCUCCAGCUUGGGAUGCCUGCCCCCCUGCUCUCCGCGGACUCCACCAUGACCUUCUACUGCGAAAGAUGUCGUCCUCCUCCCCAGACCUACUGUCAGCAGCACUGGGAGCCAGAGGCCGAGGAGCCACCGGGGGAGUUCGGGAUCCUGGCUCACCUCCUCCACCCCAGGGCGAUACUCCUCCAAGUGAGGGAUCAGCUCCUGGUUCCACCAGCCCAGAUUCACCUGGGGGGGCCAAAGGGGAACCACCUCCACCAGUAGGACCUGGUGAAGGCGUGGGGCUGCUGCUGGGAACUGGAAGGGAAGGGACUGCAGGCCGGGGAGGAAGUCGGGCUGGGUCCCAGCACUUGACCCCAGCUGCACUGCUGUACAGGGCUGCAGUGACUCGGAGUCAGAAACGUGGUAUCUCAUCUGAAGAGGAGGAAGGAGAGGUUGAUAGUGAAGUAGAGCUGCCCCCAAGUCAGAGGUGGCCUCAGGGCCCGAACAUGCGUCAGUCACUAUCUACCUUCAGCUCAGAGAACCCAUCAGAUGUGGAGGAAGGUACAGCUAGUGAGCCUUCCCCCAGUGGCACACCAGAAGUUGGCAGUACCAACACUGAUGAGCGGCCAGAUGAAAGGUCUGAUGACAUGUGCUCCCAGGGCUCAGAAAUCUCACUGGACCCACCUGCUUCAGAGGUGGGUCCUGACCCCGAAACCAGCUCCUUGCCCAUGCAACACCAGGAUCUCCUUAGAGGUGAGCAGGGCCUCAAUCCCGAGGACUCAGACUGUGACAGCACUGAACUGGACAACUCCAACAGCAUUGAUGCCUUGCGGCCCCCAGCCUUCCUUCCUCCAUGAAAGACACUCUUAUUCCUUGUACAUAGAGAAAUAUUUAUAUAAAUAAUAUAUAUGCGCCACAUAAUCAACAGAUAGAUGGGGCUUUCUUAGCCUUAAGUCAGGCUUGAGAGUGAAGGACCCCCUGACCAAUUCCCGAAUAAGUUCUAGGGACACUGGCAGCUGUGGAAACAAAUGAUUCCAAGUUCUACCCUAGAGCUACGAGGAAAGGAAAUUGGUCCCUUCUUGCUUCACCCCAUUCCUUAUGUUCAGCAAGCAACUAGGCAAUAGAAAAGCCAGGCUUGUCUCUGCACUGUCUCCCCUGAACACUGGGGGGCAGGAGAGGAUCCACCUAAGACUGCACUUUUAUUUUCCGUUCACUGUUUACACAUUUUGCACUUGAGAAGAGGGAAACUGGGGCUGGGUCCUCCCCUCUGAGGUUUCUCAGGUGGCAAUGUAACCCAUUUCUUUGUCCCUCUGUCUUUCUGCCCAAGCCCUGGCUUAGGGCCCAGAGGCAAGUUAGAAGACUGAUAGCAUGUGAUGGCUCAGGCUGAAGAGCUGGAGAACUGGGGUGCUGUUUAAGUCCCUACUGUUAUCCUGGUGCCUGGUAGGGGUGGGGACUUGUCAUGUUGUAACCCCUGUGAACAACCUUGAAAUAUAACCACUCCAUGCAGGCCCA